CGUUCCGCAUAUAGUGUUUUCUUUUCCUAUAUUUUGUCCGUUUUAUAUUAUUCGUAUCGUUCAAUAAUAGUGUUCAUUUGAAGCCAAUAAUUGAUCAUCUACGACGAGAUGAGUGUUCCUGUUGAUCCGUCUUUGGAGAACGUCGCGUCACCACAAAAAUCGGACGCAUCUUGCUGUUCUGAUGCUAAUUCCUGUUUCUCCAGAAACAGGUAUAAUCUACGUAAUCGUGACCCCGCUAAUUUCUGUUCCGUGGCCGAGCGGGAAUGUCCUAUAUGUUUGUCCGAUGUGUUCGAGAAGCCAGUCGUCGUCAAUUGCGGUCAUAUGUUCUGUGGCAAGUGUAUCCGCUUAUCCAUGAUCAAGUUUAAAAACUGUCCCAUUUGUAAUCAGAAACUGAUACGAUCGUUAUUUCUCUGGGAUACUAGCUAUACCGAAAGGUUGACUAGAAAGCGGAAUCCAGUGCGUCCGUAUACCAGAACACGAAUGGCAAAAAAUGUAAAAGCAAAGCAAAUUAAACAGGAAAAGAAUGCAAAUGCUGUUGAACAAGAUACGGCAGAUCGCAAUAUAUGUUGUGUGUCCUAGUCCUAAUAAAUCCAAAUAAUGAUAUUCAAAGAACACGGUUGUAAAGAUUACAAUUGUUUUUAAAUA